AUGGAUCCAAUUUAUCAAAGUAAAAAAUAUGAAACAAAUGAGAUUAUCGUUGAACCAUGUCUUGCCGAAGGAACUGCUCUUUUAAAAAUUUCAUUAGGAAAGCAACGACAAAAAACAUUCAAAAUCGACAUUGAUCAAGGUCAAAUUUUAUGGAAUUCCAAAAAAUCAGGAAAAAUCAACAUUGAAAGUAUUGAGGAGAUUCGAGUUGGUGAUGCGAUGCGAAGUUAUAGGGAACAAUUCAAACUUAGUGAGGAUAUUGGGCCUCGGUGGCUCACCAUCAUUUAUGUUGAUUUUGGAAAAUAUAAAACUCUUCAUUUAGUUGCGCCGACCUUAGAAUUAUUUAAUAUAUGGGUUGAAAAUUUGAAUAAACUAUGUAUGCACAGAAGAGAUAUAAUCGGAGGGUUAGAUCAUUUGAGAAAACGGAAUACUUUAUGGUUGAAACAAUACUGGAAGGAGGCUGAUAAAAAUGGCGAUUCAAAAUUAAGUUUUGAUGAUGUCGCAAAAUUAUGCAAUACUUUGAAUAUAUCCAUGUCACAUUCGCUGCUUAAGGCCAAAUUUAAUGAAGCUGAUGAAAAUAAGAAUGGUUAUCUUGAUUUUAAUGAUUUCCAACGAUUGGUGAAGUUAAUUAAACAAAGGGUUGAAUUAGAUAAACUAUUUAAUUCUCUGGCGAAAGAGCGUGGUAAUAUUUUAACACUACGAGAAUUCAAAGACUUCGUUGUUAGAUGCACUUUGAAAGAAGAAGAAUAUGAUUAUCUUUAUUAUAAAUUUUGUGAUAAAGACCUUAAAGAGAUGAACUUAGAAGGAUUUAGCAGUUUUCUCAUGUCCAGCGACAACUCCAUUUUUGCUCCAGAACAUUGCAAAGUCUAUCAAGACAUGUCACAACCAUUAAGUCAUUAUUUCAUUAGUUCUUCGCACAAUACAUAUCUUCUAGGAAAUCAGCUGGAUGGUAAAUCAUCAGUCGAAGGAUACAUUCGCGCCUUUCAGGAAGGAUCUCGUUGUGUUGAAAUCGAUUGCUGGGACGGACCUGAUGGUCCCAUUGUUUACCAUGGAUAUACAUUGACAACUAAAAUCAAGUUUCAAGAUGUUAUUUCGACAAUCCGUACCUACGCAUUCAAAUAUAGUCCUUAUCCAAUAAUAAUAUCACUUGAGGUUCAUUGUUCUAUUGAACAACAAAACCAAAUGGCUUCCAUUAUAGUUAACACUCUGGGUGAAUGUCUUGUCACUAAGUUCUUAUCGGAAAACGAAACAGAAUUACCGAGUCCUGAAGAUUUGUUGUACAAAAUAAUAUUAAAAGGGGUCGACACAAUUACUGACGCUAAACCUGAGUCUGAGGUUGAGGCAGAUUUUAAAUCCCCUAAAGCUCUUUCAAACUUGAUAGUUUAUUGUAAUUCUGUUAAGUUUGGAGGAUUUGAUCAUGAUAAUAUGAAGUUCUAUGAAAUGUUUUCGCUUGACGAAAAAGCUUCUUCAAAGCUUUUGAAACCUGACAAGGUUGCUUAUAUUCGGCACAACAUUCGUCAUUUAACACGUAUAUAUCCGUGGGGUCUUCGGUUUGAUUCGUCAAAUUAUGAACCACAUCAUCAAUGGAUGGUUGGAAACCAAUUGGUUUCCUUAAAUUCGCAGAAAUUUGACCUAGGAAUGCAAAUCAAUGAAGCUAUGUUUUCUGUUAAUGGCGGGUGCGGUUAUGUACUCAAACCUGAGCGAUUACGCAAUCCCAAUGUUUCUCCGGAUAUAAAUGUAUCACGAACUUUGACAAUUGAAAUAAUUUCUGCACAACAACUCCCAAAAGAUUCCCCCAAAGGUGAGGUAAUUGAUCCAUUUGUUGAAGUAGAAUUGCUUGUCCCUGGAGCCGAAGCUAGUAAACAAAAAACUAGCACCAUUUCCAACAAUGGUUUUGACCCUACGUGGAAUAAAACUUUUAAAUUUACAUUUAACUACGAAGAAAUGAGUUUAAUAUUUUUGAGAUUUGUUGUCUGGGAUAAAGACCUAAUUGACCUUGAUGAUUGCCUUGCAACUUAUUGCAUUCCCUUAACAAGUUUACAAUUUGGGUACCGUUAUGUCCCACUAAAUGAUUCUAUUGGCAAAAAAUAUCCUUAUUCUACUUUAUUUAUUUGUUCUUCUCUCGAAUAA